AUGUUCACAAAUCAGAAGAUUUUCAAAACUGGAAUGUAUCGGGUUAAUGGUCCCAUCCACAGAUGGAAGUUCAGAAUUACACUUAAAAAAGUAUACUCACUCAUCGAAAUCCCGCGUUUCGAUCAAUCUAUUGAAGGUGAUCUUUCAGAAGAACCUUCUAACAGCAUAGAAGAACAACUGGAAAUUACCUGGCAGGAAAAAGUAUUCAGCAAAUAUGAGAUCGAUUAUUACAAUAUUAAAGACAACUGCAUCACACAGUUGCAAAAAUCCUACCAUCAAACGAUUAGAAGCAGCGAAUUGGCAGACAAGGACGAAAAUGGAAAGAUAUUUACCUACACGGCUGCCGAUGAUUAUGCCCCGGAUGAAGAAUUUACCGACCUCGCGCGAAUUAACAAACUCCAUUUGAAUCUGGUGGAAACGGAUUUCGAAAAUAUGUUUGUUAUGGCGGAUCUCGACGGUGAAAUAUUGCUGUUUUCAAUUAAAUGGAAUCCCCAGGAAAGAAUUCUUCUGGUUUUUCCCGAUUUCAAUUGCAUGAAGAUAAAUCCGUACUACAAAGAAAUUCAAGGUGACAGCCGGCAGAUGUAUCAUUUUGGAAUCAAAAAUCUGUGUCAUGGAAUUACUUUAACCAGAACCCAGCAGACAGUCAAUUUACAAAACAAUCUGAUAACUAAGCUUACGAAACUAUCGUUAAUAGAUGAUAGCUCAAACAGCAAUUUCUCAUACCCUGAAAACCGACAACUCCGGUUUUUGAUGCUGUUAGAGAUUCUUUCUGGUUCGGACUUUUCAUAUGAUAAUGUGUUUGUGCGUUUCUGGUUCACUCUACCAGUAGAGGCGAAAGUUAUAGAAGGAUUCAUAGAUGGAAGUACACACAGUAGUAAGAAAACGCAUGGCGUAUGGAACUAUGGACAUUGUCACGAACUGUUGCUUAAAAUUCCAGAAAGCAAUAAUACUAAUGAAUAUGUAAAAUUAUUCUUUAACGUCAUUUCAAUUGAUAACUGGAAACGUGAACGAUUAUUAGGGAACGCAUAUUUAAACAUACAUCUUCGUUCACAAAUUCAAAAGGAAUCAGUACAAUGCAUAAGAAUUCAGAACAAUGGAGAGUUCCAAGAUAAAUUGGAAACUUAUCUGGUGGGAGGACGUCGAGAAAUUAAACUGAAAGAAUUUUAUGGACAGGAUGAUACAACUCAAUUAAACCGGUAUGGAAGCCGUACCGAAGAAGCUGGGAAAUUAGACAUCAAAUAUCAAAUAAUUCAACAGCAUCGACCACAAAUAAUUGAAACAGCAAGUCGCAGUUCUCGUAGGCGCGGAAAGUUCUAUGCAAAUGUUGUAACUGUCGAAGAGCUCCUGUCAUCAUACCACCGUGCUCGUGAAAGACUUGAAGAAGUAGUCAAUUUGAAUUAUUAA